AUGCUCAACGUCACAUUUUCAAUUAUAACCAGUUACAUCAACGCCAGUUUGGCAUUUAUUUCAAAUUCCAUUUUAAUUUGCCUAAUUAUUACAAAAACUCCCAGAAAUAUGUGCAACUAUAGGCACUUGAUGCUCAUUUUUUCAAUUUUCGGCAUUAUUUUUGCAUUCAUCGAUGGUACAAAUCAGCCAAUGCUUCAUUUUUACAAUGGUGCAUAUGUUAUAUUCAGUAGAAAUGUGCUUGGACUCCCUAGGCAUGUAUCAUUUUGGUAUAUUGCUUUAAACUGCACGUGCUACAGUAUGAUCAUGCUCCUACUGGUUUUCCACUUUUUAUAUCGAUAUUUGGCAGUUUGCAAGCCAAACAUGUCAAAAUUAUUUUCCUUUCCAUAUGUCACUAUUCUCAUUUUAAUAUUUGUAUUUGUCAGUGCAGAGUGGCUGGUACUUGGAGUUUACAUGGCAAGCGAAAAUGAAAUUAUUGAUGAACAUAUAAGAGAUACAAUGCUCACCAACUUCAACCUAUCUCGUUUGGAUUUCACCUACGCUUCAUCUCUAUUUUAUAGAACUGACCCAGACACAGGAAAGGACUUUGCAAGUUUUCCGGAUUUUUUGUUCCUGAUAAAUCAUUGCACCACUAUUAUAAUCGGCUUCUCCAUUAUCAUAUAUUGUUGGCUCAAACUCCGCAAUGAGCUUCUCCACUCUGACGAUCAAACUCAAAAUCUAUCACAAAGAACCUUGGAUAUGCAACGCCAACUCUUCCGAUCUCUAGUCGCCCAAACACUAUUCCCAGUGUUCCUAAUGUUCAUCCCGGCCGGAAUUCUACUAUGUUUCCCGAUUUUGAGAAUUGAUAUGGGACCAAUUGAAACUAUUAUCAUACCCCUCAUCACUACUCAACCAUUUAUGGAUGCCUUAGUGCCUAUGUAUUACAUUAAGAUUUAUCGGAGAGCAAUUCUGAAGUUUGUCUGUGGAAAGAGAUAUCAUUCAAGGAUCCAUGGAACUUCUAGUCAUUCAUCGAAGAUUUUUUCAUUUCGGACAUAA